AUGCUGGCCUGGCGCGUGGCGCGCGGCUCGUGGGGGGCCCUGCGCGGCGCCGCGUGGGCUCCGGGGUAUGAAAACCCAUGGACAAUCCCCAAUAUGUUGUCAAUGACGAGAAUUGGCCUGGCCCCGGUUCUGGGCUACUUGAUUAUUGAAGAAGAUUUCAAUAUUGCAUUAGGAGUUUUUGCUUUAGCUGGUCUAACUGAUUUGUUGGAUGGAUUUAUUGCUCGAAACUGGGCCAAUCAAAAAUCAGCUUUGGGAAGUGCUCUUGAUCCACUUGCUGAUAAAAUACUUAUCAGUAUCUUGUAUGUUAGCUUGACCUAUGCAGACCUUAUUCCAGUUUCACUUACUUAUUUGAUCAUUUCAAGAGAUAUAAUGUUGAUUGCUGCUGUUUUUUAUGUCAGAUAUCGAACUCUUCCAACACCGAGAACACUUUCUAAAUAUUUUAAUCCUUGCUAUGCCACCGCCAGAUUAAAACCAACAUUCAUCAGCAAGGUAAACACAGCAGUCCAGUUAAUCUUGGUGGCAGCUUCUCUGGCAGCUCCAGUUUUCAACUAUGCUGACAGCAUAUAUCUUCAGAUAUUGUGGUGUUUUACAGCAUUCACCACGGCUGCCUCAGCUUACAGCUACUAUCAUUAUGGUCGGAAAACUGUUCAGGUGAUAAAAGACAGAUGA